GAGCGUUGUGGAAAUCCUUCACAAAGAUAUGCGCCCUACCUUACCUAGACUAAUCAACAUCCUCGUCCCCGUCAAACGAUCAAUCGACUAUGCCGUGAAGAUUCGAGUGGCAUCGGACGGUAAAGGUGUCGAUACCAAUGUCAAGCAUUCAAUGAACCCUUUCGAUGAGAUCGCCGUGGAAGAAGCUAUAAGGCUACGUGAACGUAAAGGAAAACUUGUCACUUCCAUCACCGCCCUCUCCAUCGGUCCAGCCAAAGCAGCAGAUACCAUUCGUACAGCCCUCGCUAUGGGAGCUGAUACAGGUAUACAUAUCACUACUCCUGAAGGCAUCGUGGUAGAGCCCAUCAGCGUAGCUCAUGCCAUCAAGAAAGUCAUCGACCGUUCAGAGGGAAAGGACAAGAUCGAUCUCGUCAUCUGUGGUAAACAGGCCAUUGACGAUGAUUCAGGAAGUACCGGAGGGAUGUUAGCGGGUAUGUUGGGCUGGGAUCAAGGCGGUUUUGCUAGUAAGCUGGACGUGGAGGAAGGGGGUAAGAUACAAGUGACCAGAGAGAUCGAUGGGGGUUUGGAGAAGAUAGAGGGGAACCUGCCAUUCGUGGUGACAACAGAUUUGAGAUUGAAUGAGCCACGAUACGCCUCCCUGCCAAACAUCAUGAAAGCGAAGAAAAAGAAGAUCGAAACUCUCAAACCGGAAGACCUCGGAUUGGACUUUACGCCUCGGUUGGAGACCAUCUCGGUAUCGGAACCUCCGAAACGCGUAGGAGGAGGUAAGGUGGAGAAUGUCGACGAGCUCGUAGGCAAGCUCAAAGACGCGGGUUUGCUUUAGGGGUAGAAAUGUUGACCGUACAAGUGCAUGUCAUGACAUCAUGUCUACGCUCCAUGAAGCAUGAAGUUGUCUGGUGAGUCG